AUGUUUGAUAAAGAUACGAGUGCUUUAGGAUUUGAUAUAACUGAUUGUUUCAAUGCGAUUUAUAUUAAUAACGUUCACCCAAAUGGACCAGCUGAACGAUCUAGAAAUAUAUUGAUAGGAGAUAAGAUUAGGGCACUUACUGUGUCUUUCGAAGGAAUGAAACUAGAAGAUGCGAUUGCUCUGCUUUCUUGCGCAUCUUCUUACAAACAAUUGGAACUUCAGAUUAAGUUGGAACUAGAAAGGGCGAUCGUUGAAGAAACCGAGGAGAUUACUUAUAAAGAUGGUACUGAAGAAAUGGAAGAUAGGGAAGUCGUAAAAAAUAAUUUCCAUGUACAAUCAUUUAAAAGCAUAUCGGUAGAAGAUUUGAAGAUCGAGAAUCCAUGCAAAAAUACGUAUGAAUAUGUAUUGUUAAUGUGGAAUAUUAAUGAGUGGAUAGAUGAAAAAGAGGCAAGUAUGAUUGUUAUUGGAGAAGGCAAUUCCUAUAGCUUUAAGCGAACGAAAAGUUGCAUGACGAAUCAAAAAUAUCCACUUCCACCUAUUAUGCAGCAGCCUUCUCCCCUUUUGGACUCAAAAUCAGAGAGGAUGGCGAUAAAUUCAAGAAAAAUCCAAAAGGCACAGGCUAACAGGCAAACAUCACCAGCAGUUAGUGGUUCUCGAACAAUCAGCCCAUCAGCAUCAAUUAAUGCAACAUCUGCCUCAUUCAAUGCAUUACCAGAGUAUCAUCUCGAUAUAUCAGCUAUGUCAGCACCAACGGAAGAAUUAACAAUUUUAGAUUCACUGACUAAUGUCGAAGACACAACAAAAUCAUUGCCAACAUUUAUUGAUAGACCUUCGAUUGAUUCUACUUCAUUAGAAACGCGUUCUUCCGCUAAUGGAUUCUUAUCGACUGAUCCAGAGUUAGGUAAAUCCAUCCUCCCCUCCUCUUCUUCAUCUGCAUCAUCUGUAGUUUCGUCGGAAUCGAAAUCUUCUCUACCAACAAACAACUCAACUAUAUCAAGAAUACCGUUGUUGGGUUAUAGUCCAAAACCAGUACCACUUCAGAUACGAAAAUACGUGCCUGAAAAGCCAAUUAUUAUUGAAGAAGUUGAUAGAAGAAGUAUAACUGAAAUCAUCGAGGUCACAGUUCCUAUUGCUGCAGUUAUCACUACUUUAGCCUUCACUUUCCACAUGUUUUUCCAGUCAUUGACAAAAUUUCUCAUUAUCUGUUAUUUACCUCAGUUACCUCAGUUGUCUAUCGAUAGUGCAUCUCAUGAAAAGUCUUGCUUCGCUCAGAAAUUUCCGUGCAUUGUGAAGAGUUUGUGGGUUUUCACAUCAGCAGCCUCCAUUUCUUCUUUUGUCCAUCUUAUGUUAAAAAGGGUUUUGGAAUAUCUUCAAACAUCAGCAACUCACAUCAUAUGA